GCUCUAGCGGCGGGAGCGGGACUGUCGCGAUAGAGAGAGCGGCUGUGGGGCCGAAGUGUUCGUCACCCCGCGGGGCUGUCGCGACAGAGCGAGGGGCCCGGGGGCCGGCAGUGUGUCAGGACCUGGGGGGUUUCGCGAUAGAGGAGAUGGUCCCAGUUGCCAUCCACGUGCGCGGCCUUUAGGCUGUCACAGUGGGGGACCGCAAGGCAGGACUGUCGCGAUAAGAUCGGGCCAGUCCUGGCAGCGCUGUUGUGACAGAAGUGGUCGUGGCUAGGCAGGGCUGUCUCGACAGGAGGAGUCCGUGUACCCCCAGGCCGGCCCCGUCCCCACGUGCCGCAGGUGGCGGCGGUGCCCGGGGCUGGAUCCGGGGCUGGAUCCGGGGAUGGAUCCGGCUGGAGCUGUCCCUGCGCUGGAGCGGGAGCUGCGGGCGGCGCUGGCGGAGGACGAGCGGCGGCAGCGGGAGGGCGAGGCCAAGCUGCGGGCGCUGCGCCAGGGCGUCCCUGACUACGGCCAGUUCAGGGAGAUUGUGCUGGCCUCACACCUGAAGCCUCUGGAGAAGAAGGACAGGCUGGGCCAGAGGAGGAAUGUGCUGUGGAAUGCCUGUGCAGCCUCAGCCAAGGCAGCACCCACCCACACUGUGGAGGUCCCACAGGAACUAGAUCAGCUGCCCAGGACUGCUGCGGAAUUUCACAGAGACUGGCGCAGAUGCUUCAAAAGUGGGACACAGAAAUACCAGUUUUUGCUGGAGCUUGGAGGGGAGGCCUUGGGCAGGAUCUUCCAGGCUGAUGUGGGCUUUGGCCUCCUGGGGGAAUUCCUGACAGUGCUGGCAGAAAACAUCUGUCCUGGAGACAGAGCUGCCAUCCUUCAGAUCCUGCAGAGCCUGGCGGGCACCAGGCGCUUCGGGCUGAACGUGGCUCUCCUGAGCCAGGCAGAGAAGGAGGGCAGCCAGGAAUUGUUCAGGAAGCUGCAGAGCAGGGAGUGUCAGGCUGCUGGCCAACCUGGCAGCCCAGCCAACUCUGAGGUAGGGAGGGAAGCCCAUCCCAUGGAGACCCACUUGAAAAAGGAAACUGAGGAGGAGAGGACAGUGGUGGAGCUGAUGAAGUGUUACCAGGUCAGCUGAGGGAGCAGGAGCACCAGGAUUGAGCAGGAACAGGGUAAAAGAGGCUCAGAAAAAACUCAAAGCUUGACUUUGGCAUCACCCAGGGCACAAAUAAAGUUUAGCUCCCAAGCUGUGGUGCUGUGAUCUCUGAGCAGGAUGUCCUCACAGAUGAGUAUGGGAGAGUCUUGAAUAAGGAGAAAAUUGAGGCAAAGAGAACAUUGGGUGGUAGUUUUGAAGGAGGAACCUAAAUAGUCUCUUUCCUCUUCCAUCCCUGUCCAGGGUCACUGAGGGAUUUUAGGAGAUGUAAUCAAUGACAACUGUCAGGUUUUUUCCCAAACCCAGUGCAGCAAAUGGCAGAUCCCAGCAGACUGGAACCACCAAUUCUCACCUGCCCUGGAGAAACCAUCAGGCACUGAUGGAGGGUCCAGGUUCAUGCCCAAGGCUUGGCAUGGGAAUAUUGGGCUUUGUGACAUCACUUGAGGGGACAUGUGUGUCCCUGCACUCUUCUAUGGUGCCAUUCCUCCUGCCUUUGCACACCUGAGGAUAGCUGAGGGCUGGAGACUUCAAGGGGAGAAGAUCCUGGAGUUACCCAAGAUCAGGAUGGAGGAUUUUGAUGCCAGACCAGCCCUGGCACAGCAGUCACACCUCUGGUGGGAACAGCAUGCUGCUUCAGUGGUGCCAAGGUUCAGGGUGAGGAUGUCAAGGCUGGAAGCAGCCUGCUGCAUCCCCACCUCUUGGGAAAGGCAAAAUCCCCGGGGUUGGGUGGGAAGACUCAGGAGAAGUGCAGUGGAGCAGAGAUUGUGUGAAUGGUGACAGAGGAUGGGCUGUGAAACCCACUGGGAGCCUUUCCAGGUCAGCCACUUCAUGGUGUAACCUGAGCUGCCAAGAGCUGAGCUGAGGGGCCAGGCAGGGUCUGUGGGGAGUAAACAUGAGCUUCAUCAUCAUCAUCAUCAUCAUCAUCUUCAUCCUCACCCACCUGGGCAUCCAGGCAGGAUCCACAGGGAGCAAACAUGGGCAUCAUCAUCAUCAUCAUCAAUAUGAUCAUCAUCAAUCUCAUCAUCCUUGCCCACAUGGGUGGCUGCUGGCAGGCACUCAGGAGCCCAUCCAGGCUGGAACAUCAUCCCCAUGGGCACUCAGACACCCUGGACCAUCUCCCAUUGGAAAUUCCCGAUGUUCUGGCCACCAAGAGUCAAACACUGCCAAGUCCCCGUUCCCCCUCCCCUCAGGGCAGGAGUGGGACAGCAAGGACUGAUGUGGGAAACUCCCUGUUUUGGCACUGCUCAGUAGGGACAGGCAGGAUUUGACAGUGCCAGGGUUUGCUCCAGGUGGGAUUUCACACUACCAGGAUUUGUUCCUGGCUCUGCCACUGGUUGGCAGUGGGGGUUAAAGCUCAAUAAAGUCUUUUUCAAAAGAAUACUUGGAGCUGGUGCAGGAUGUUCUGGCCAAACUCUGUGGAGUUCUUGAUCUGCACCAAUGAUUUAUUACAGCUGUUUUUCUAAGAGGCUGCUAAAAACAUCCACCAAACUAUUUUAAUCCAAUUAAUACUUGCUUUUCUCACCCUUGUUUGCCUUGUUUUCCUUGGUGAGUACUGUGUGUCCCAAACCCUUCAGUGUUCCUUUUGAGCUCCUCAGUUGGAGCAGAUCCAUACUUUUUAAUUUUUGUUUUGUUUUGUUUUUAAUUGUGAAGGGGGAAAAAUAUUUUUCAAACAGAUCUGGUGAUUUUCUUCAGAAAUGGCUGCCUUUGGGGUGUUUUUAGCUCAGCACAGUUGGGAGUCAGUGUUUGUGCCUGACUCAAAAGUCAUCCCCCAGAGGCUGUGACAUCUCUGCAGGGUUUCACUGGACACUUAAUCCUCAGCAUUGAGCAGGAUGUGCCCUCCAGGCUCAUCUCCAUUUUCUGAGGAUGUGGCUUGAGGAUUU